AUGUUCAAGACAAGGAACGUGUUAUUCGCAUUGGCAAUAGGACUAUUAAUAGUGCUGGGAACUGCCAUACUAGCUGCCUUCUUACAGGAAUCUCAUAAUCGGUUUGAUAUUGACGAUCCAGCACCGUCAUUCUGGCAAAAGAAGCAACAGCCUGCAAUAUGGAAACAGAAUGGAGAGCUAUCUACCUCCCAUGGAAAUGUAAUCAUGGGCAAAAUGAGUAAUGAAACAAUCAAAGUGCAAACCAACCGACAAUCAUUUAAAAUAGGCAGAACUUGGAAGAGCGACAUGGAGACUGAUACAUACUAUUGCUGGCAAGCUGCGCUCAUUAUUCGCCUCAUACUUCAAUCCAACCACUCACACUUUGUACGUACAGGCAAAUUCCCACUCGAUGCUAAAGAUGAAGAAAGACAAGCACUUCUGGACUGGAUACAUCUUACUUCACGUGUCUAUCCUUGUGGGGAAUGUGCCGAGCACUUCCAACAACUGCUCAAAGAACAUCCUCCCGACACUAGAGAACCCAUCUCGCGGCAGCCAUGUGAAUGUGCUCCAGAAUCACCAGAACUAAACCAUGAAAACGUGCUUGAACAUCUAACGUCGACGCUUAAUCUCUAUCAAUCUAUUCCGAAUACUGCUGUUUCGCAAGUGAAUGACCGUCAAUUGUCGAUCUCGGCUAAUGCUAUGAGACCACUGCUUACUUGCCCCGUUUGCUUGUGUGUCUUGAGAAAUACUGUGGCUGUUAUGGAGUGCAUGCAUCGAUUCUGUAGAGAUUGCAUCGUGACAUCAAUAAGGUUAGGAAAGAAAGAGUGUCCUUAUUGUAGGGUGCCUUGUCCUAGCAAAAGGAGUGUGCGGGCAGACCCACACUUUGAUGCUGUCGUUAGUUUGAUUUUCCCAGAAGACGAGGAUGAACAAGAGGAUGCCAAUAUGGCGCUUAUUGCUCGCCGUAACAGUCAGAAUCUUCAACAGCAGUAUGAGGAUAGAAUGAAGCGUCAAGCAGCUGCUACAAAGUCGCAUCGACAUCAUAGUGCUGACGCAGCACCUCCCGCUCCACUUCCCCCAUCUUCGUCUACAAGAGCAGGAAGCAGUAGAAAUCUACGCAAACGACCAGCUGAAGACGACAUCUAG